AUGGCCGACGCCGACGACGAGCCCUCGCGGCGCGAGUCGCACUUCAACGAGCAGCGCGCCAGCCUGCGCUCCGACACGUCCCACAGCGAGUCCAACCCCGACCGGUCACGACACCACAGCCUGCGCGAGCAGCGCCAGAGCCUGCCCCGCACUGCAGAGCACGCUGCCCCGGACCGUGCCGACAGCGAGACCCUGCCGACGCCUGCGAGCCCGUCGCUCGCGCCCAGGACCCGCCCGGAGACGACAGCACGUCGGGAGGCACGGCGGGAAGCAGCACGCCGCGAGAAGGAGGACCGCCGCAGCAAACACUCCAGCACGGGGCACGACUCGGCGACCUCGACGUCCAAGGCGCGUCCGCGCACCGCCUCCAAGGGCCGCAACAUCGACGACCUGCUCUCCUCGCCGCAGUCCCAGAACAUCACCGCCCUGCCCACCAUGGCCGACGCCCGCCACGCCUCCCCCGCCGACCGCUACCACCAGUCCUUCGCCACCCCGCGCGCCCGCCGCCUCGCCCGCGCCCUGACCGAGCUCUACACCGUGUCCUUCCUGAUCUUCUUCGCCGUCUGGGGCACGCUGGCGCGCCUCGGCCUGCAGGCCCUGACCUCGUACCCCGGCGCGCCCGUCCUGUUCAGCGAGCUCUGGGCCAACGUCGCCGGCUCCGCCAUCAUGGGCUUCCUGGCCGAAGACACCGCGCUCUUCCGCGAAGAAUGGGGCGGCGCCGCGCCUGCUGCCCUGCCCGCCGACCGCCCGGCCUCGCCCACCCCGGACCCCGAAAAGCACCACCCCGUGUCCCGCGCCGCGCACGCAAAGGUCAAGAAGACGAUCCCCCUGUACAUCGGCCUGACCACCGGCUUCUGCGGCUGCUUCACCUCCUUCUCGAGCUUCGCCCGCGACGCCUUCCUCGCGCUCGCAAACGACCUCCCCCCCACCGCGCCCCGCGCCACCGGCGACUCCGCCAUGGCCCUCCUCGCCGUGCUCCUCACAACCACCGCACUGUGCCUCGCCGCGCUGAAAACAGGCGCCCAUCUCGCCGCUCUCAUGCGCCCAUACACCCCCGCCCUGCCCUUCCGCGCCUCCCGCCGCCUGCUCGACCCGCUCUUCACCCUGCUCGGCCCCGGCUGCUGGCUCGCCGCCGCCCUGCUGUCCGCGUACCCCCCGCACCCCCCCUGGCGCGCCAACGCCCUGUUCGCAUGCGUCUUCGCGCCCCUCGGCUGCCUAGCGCGCUACUACGCCUCGCUGCACCUCAACCCGCUCCUCUCCUCCUUCCCGCUCGGCACCUUCGCGUGCAACGUUUUCGGCACGGGCGUGCUAGGCACCGCAUACGAUCUGCAGCGCGUGCGCAUCGGGGGCGUGGUCGGCGGGAGCGUGGUCGGGUGCCAGGUGCUGCAGGGCGUGCAGGACGGGUUCUGCGGGGGGCUGACGACGGUGUCGACGUGGGUGCUGGAGCUGGAUGGGUUGAGGCGCGGGAGGGCGUAUGGGUAUGGGCUUGGGAGUGUGGGCGCGGGGGUCGGUGUGUUGGUUGUGGUUAUGGGGAGUGUGAGGUGGGGGGUUGGCUGGGAGGCGGUCGUGUGCGGAGCAUAG